CAUGAGGAUUUGAGGCAGCAGACAACAACACGGACGACGGUCCCCAUUGGUCAGUCAGUCGCAUGUCAGACCUCAGCACCUUUGACCCAGUGUCGUAGAGUAUGUUGUGAGAGGUCGUUACCGAUUUUAGUAUGUCAUUGUCUCACGGUGUUGAUGAACGGUCUAAAAAAUGCCAGGGAAAGUGAAAGUGCGAGUUGUAGCAGGCAGGAACCUGCCUGUUAUGGACAGGUCAUCUGACACUACAGAUGCUUAUGUAGAAGUCAAACUAGGAACCAUAACUCACAAGACUGAGGUUUACAGAAAGAGUUUGAACCCACAAUGGAAUUCUGAAUGGUUUCGUUUUGAGGUUGAUGAUCAAGAAUUACAGGAUGAGCCAUUGCAGAUACGUUUGAUGGAUCAUGAUACUUACUCUGCCAACGAUGCUAUUGGCAAAGUUUACGUCGAUCUAAAUCCUUUGUUGUUACCCCCACCUGGUCCUCCCCAUGGCCAGCGCCCACAUGAUCCCUCUCAGCCAGGCACAGCUGUCAUGUCUGGAUGGCUUCCAGUUUAUGACACUAUGCAUGGGAUUCGAGGUGAGGUGAACAUUGUGGUCAAGGUUGACCUAUUUUCAGACUUCAAUAAAUUCCGUCAGUCAUCAUGUGGAGUGCAGUUUUUUUUUACUCCUGAGAUACCUGCUGGAUAUAGGUGUCAGAAUAUUGUUGGAUUUGUUGAAGAAUUGGUUGUGAAUGAUGACCCUGAAUAUCAAUGGAUUGACAAGAUUCGAACACCUCGUGCCAGUAAUGAAGCUAGACAAACUUUGUUCUUUAAGCUCUCUGGUGAAUUACAACGACGCAUUGGUUUAAAAGUUUUGGAACUUGGAGGAAAUGCUGUUAUAGGGUACCGACAGUGCUUUGACCUUGAGGGUGAAACGGGUAUUGUUGUACGGGGUUUAGGCUCAGCAGUGACUCUUGUGAAGCUGCACUAUGAUUUAGGAGGCACUUCCGGAGGUACAACCCAUUCUCCAUCACCACUACGUGAGAUAACAGCUCAGAGAGAUGGUGAAGAUGAAAUUGUGCUAGAGAACAUGUAUGUUGCUGUGCCAAACUCAGAUAGACCUAUGCCAAUAUCUGUUGUUCAUCUUCCGAAAAAACAUUCUUCAUCUGCCCAGGAGUCUCUGUCUUCGCUAUGGUUUUCACAGCCACAAGUAGACCCAAGAUCAAGUCCCAAGAGUUCUUCUGCUUCCAUUCCUUCUCAGUAUCCCCCUCAAUGGCUUGAUCUCAUGGUAAAUCCAUCUUCUGACCAGGUUAAGCCACUCUCUGGCCAGGCAGCUCUGACAAAUGCCAGAAGAGUGUUGAUGGGAUUACCACUUGUGAGACGUAAGCGUACUGGGACAGUUACUCAGCAUCCCCCAGUUUAUCUUCAACGCAAUUCUAAUUUUCCUCAUGGUAACCAAUUUCAUCAUCAUCAAAAAAGUGAUGGAGGUUACGUGAAGCCCUGCAAACCAAAGCAUUCUUGGCCUAUUCCUAAUAUGAGUCCAAGCAAGUCUUAUAACUGGUCAGGAAUGCACUCGAGCAAUCGGGGUAGUAAAGAUUCUUUAAAGGCAGGGCUCAAAAAGACUGCACAAAGAAUGAUGAGGUUAAGAGGUUCAUUAGAAAAAUCCCAAAGUUUUGAUUCAAGUCCUUUAAAAGCAAAUAUAGGGUUUAUGGCAAAAAGUGCAAGUUUGAAGUUAGGUUCAAAAGUUCAGACUCCUGUUGGAAAAUUGUUAAGUAAAUCUCAAGGAAAGUCAAAGGCUUCAAAAUCAACAAGCUUAAGGGAAUCAGUCACAUCUCCUGAUGAUUCUGUCGAGGAUUGGGAUCUUGAUUCUCCUGAUGUUGAAGUCAUUGGCCUAGAAGAAGAGGAUACAGCCACUCAGUAUUCUGAUGAGGAUGACAUUGGUCAAGAAAUUACAAGCAUUGAAUAUUCAUACAAAACCUUAUCCAAUGCCUUUUCUGAUCCUACUUUGAAUAAAAGUAUUUAUGCAAUGCAGAGUUACCCGGAGAUUGACGCCCCACUUGGACCUAUUCAGUUCAUCUCGUCUGAUGAGGAUACUUGCAGUUCUGAUCCUGUAUCUUCAGACUUCAGUAGCCCAGAACAUGAGAUGAAAUCACCCAUCACAGUGCCUACUCUUCAGACACCUCAGAAGUUUUAUAUGAGUGAGGAAGAGCUUACAUCACAUAGCUCUGUGGAGAGUCAUUUUACAGGUCCUGUAGAUGUCAGUGACCUUCAUACAUCACAUGGAUCGUAUGAAACCCAUAGAAGAGGACAAGGAACCCCUCCUCAAUCAGCUGCAGAAUAUCAAAACAGUUAUUCCAUUGAAGAACCAAGUAGACCAGUAGGUCAGUUUGCUCAUUUGCAGGAAAAUCUAUAUGAUCUCUGUCUGCCAUAUUCAAACCCAACUCCACUGAGGGCAAUUGAUGAGCUAGAAGAUUCUGGUCAUGUUGAGCCUACUCCUAAAAGGGCUCUAUGCCAUGAAAGGAAAAGUGGCAUUAAAAUGUUUGUAAAACAGAGCAAUGUGGAUGAAAAGGAAGUAAACCUGACAGAUACUGAUUUUACAGAAAAUCUAAAUGUAGAUUAUAAUUUAAGCAACAAGAGAAAGGCAUAUGAGCUUAGACCAGCAAUACUUCAUGUUACCUCUGGCACUCUCCCCAAUAUAGCAGUCAUUCCCUCAAGUCCAGUCCUUCCUUCAAGAAUUAGAAGUACCUUAGCAGAUUCCUUAGAGGAGAACCAUUGUGAUGCUAUGGAGUUAACCCUCACUUCAGCGACUGAUGGUAACGUCGCAUCAACAGAGGCAGUUAGAGAUUGUGAGGAUGAAAGUAAAAGUUUAGCAGCAGCAAUGAUGUCUGCAUUGGGUAAAUCAGGCUCUAAUCACCUUAGUGCAUCCAAGGUUAAUUCUCCUCCUCCUCCACCUUCUCCUCCCUUUCUCCAUGCUUCAUAUUCUGACUCCUUAAUCAAUCCAGGCUCCUCUUCCUUGGUUGUUACUCCUUCUGCAUCAGGUUAUUUAUCUUCCCCUUCAUCUUCACCUUCAUUUCAACAUGUAGCUAGCAGUGUGAGCAUGGAUGGUGACUUGCUUCAUUGUGCUGUAGAUGUAGCUGCUAAGUGUCCCUCCCACCCUGUGUACAUCUCUAGCUUAGAUAUGCUAGUGGACGCACGGCCCGGCUCAGCAUCGAUGGUAGGCUCUCCGAAGCGAUCAUCUCGUAGUCGUCAUACUAGUGGGUGUUACCCCAUAUCCAGGAGUCCGUUGCCUAUUGAUGCUGAUGGUUCAAAGAGUGAAAGUGGUGGUGGUGGCAGUUCAGUGGGGAUAUCAUCUGCAGCAGUGAAUGGCGGUGCUCCCACUCAUUCCCCAACUCAUUCAGGAAAACUAGCAAGUCCUGCUCGUACACCAGGUGUCUCAAUCAACAGGCGUUCUUCAGAUUCUGAUCUUUCUAUAACACCCAAGGGUGGUAGUUUGGCAGGGAGUGGAGGCUCUUCAGGUGGUGGUGGAGGCACAAGUAAAGGUGGAACACUAACUGGUGUUCAUCGUCCUGUGAUGACGCAGGACUCUUUUGACAUGCUGGAAUAUCCUUUUCUAACCAUGAAAAAAUUUCCUGCAGGGUUUCUACAGCAUCUUGGUGGCACUGUAAGUGCUCGUUCAGUGAAAUUGCUAGAUCGCACUCACACACCAGAAGAGGUUGAAACUCGUGAUAAUUGGUGGACACAGUUGCGCAUGGAAAUACGAUCACAUGCUCGUGCCCUGGCGUGUAAUGUAGUCCUUGGAUAUGAGGAGUUCACAACAAUUAGUGAUGAAGUGUGUGUGCUCAAUGCCACAGGGACAGCAGCUGUGAUCAGUCUCCAUUACCUUGACACUGAGAUACCCAGUGUACCAACUUCAGCAAGGAGUUACAGGGAUGCCAUGACUAUGUCUCUUGAUAGAAAAGAUUUUGAACAACAGCAGCAGCAACUGCAGCAGCAAGGACAACAACCGCCGUCACAGCCACUGCAACAACAAGUACAACAGCAGCAGCAGACACAGCAACAACAACAGUUACAACAAGGACAGCAAACUCAGCCAUCUGGGAAGCCAUCUUGCAAAGAUACUCAUUCUGGCUCACAGAUUGUGCAACCGCUUGAGAGUAUGCUGUACCAGAUAAACCCGAAAUCAAGUAUCACAAUCAGGGCUUGUAUGAGUCGAAGCCAUCCAUGCAUAGAAGAUGGAUUUUCAGGUGACAGUAUUCCUGCCAUGCAGAUUGCCACAUCUCUUGGGUCCAAUUCCGGUCCAAUUCAUCCACAAAACCCAGCUACAACGACACAAACUGCUCCUCCUUGUACCAUGUGCCAUGUUCCUUAUUCUGAGACUUCAUUGCCAUUCCGUGUUAAGAUUUCAAAGUGUGCUGUUUGUAGAAAGGGAAAGGUGCCUGAUGUGCUUUUUACAACCCUAGAACCACCAGCAGGAAUACCAAUUACAGGUAGAGGCUGUUUGAUACAAGCUAGAGUUGCACGGACCAAGCGAGAUUUAAGAGGAGAACUCAAUGCAAAGGAAAUCUCAGAUUCUCUCCCAUUCUUAGAAUAUGAGUUACAUAAGCAGUUGAUAAAUAAAAUGAGGAUCAAAGGGAUGAAUGCUCUGUUUAGCCUUAGAGUGAGAGUCACAGUAGGUGAGCGCCUUGUUGUUGGUAUUGCAACAGCAACAGCUGUUUUCCUUACAGCACUGCAACCUCCACCAGUCCCUCGGGUAACUUCUGGGAGUUCUUGCAGGGAAGAUGAACGACGAACAGCUGAAGUUCAGAAAUUGCUGCAUGCAACUAUAGCAAGAAAUAAGGAGUGUUAUGGCACAAAACAUGUUGUCCCAGAUGCUUUUUCUGAUGACAUGAAUGGUGGAAGAAAUUCAGAUACUGAGGAUUCUGAUGAUGAUCAUCCUGAAAUUGAUUUGUCUUCUGGUAAUAAAGACACAUGUGUUCUGGAGCUGGAUGAUAGAGAAGAUGCUGAAAUGAUUGGCCUGCUGGUUGAGGAUUGCACGCCAAUGCAGUUGGUAACCGUUUCCACACAAACACCUCCUGGUGUUCCAAGAGAAAGUAUUGUAACCAACUUGCAGAUGUUUACAAGAGUAUGGAGAGCUAAAGUGCCUACAGUCCUUAACCAUAGCUCUUUUAAUCAGUAUUUUGACAGAUUGCUUCAGAGUGUUUACUUUAAAGUCAGAAAGUUGGCACCAUGUAUCAUAGCUGGAAUGCAAGUUAAUGUCGAGUUGCCAGAAGAAGAUGAACUUCAGAUUAGUCUGUUUGGCAUGGUUCUAGGUCAGGGCAAACCAUUGCCUCCAUUGUCACAAAUUCACAAUACAUCUACUAGUGCUUCUUCCACACAUUCAGAAGGCACUGUUAAAAAGUCAAAACAAGAUGAUGGGGAAAUGAUUUUCAAAAUGGAGGAAUUAGUACCAACUAGUGAGGAGAAUAUAAAACCAAAAACUGCUAUUCCUCAUCCCAUAAUUUCAAAACAAUCAGCGUUACCAGCUUCAAAUGUCCCAUCAGUACCAUCUGCAACAUCAAUAUGUUCAUCAACGUCUUCACAGAGAUCAUCAACAAGGUCAAGGAAUGAUCCUAAGUUUACAACUUACCAUACAUCCCCAAGGGAGAGGUAUGGAGUGGAAAUCACUCCUCUCUCGUAUGUUCCAGGAGGACGAAUCGAACGUCAUCUAGGAAACUUGAAUUUCUUCUUCAUUAGAGAAAGUACUAGCAUUAAAGAGAGUGGUGGUUUAAGUGGAUUUAUGGGAAGCUUUGUUACUGAAGUCUUAGCAUUAGUUCGUGCUCAUGUGGCUGCACUUGGUGGCAAUGCUAUGAUUUCUUACUUCAUGUCAGAAUGUGUACUUUUACAUUACCCAUACAAAAAUCAGGGCCAGUGCCUAAUUAAUGUAGGUGGUGAUGUUGUGCAAGUGAUAUACAAUGUUGGCUCAGCCUUGCAAGAUGGCACUGUUGAAGAAUAAUUCAUGUAAUCCAACAAACAUCAGGUGUACAAAAUUUGUAUGAUGGUUGAAGAGUUAGCAUGUCUUUCAUCCCCUAUAUUCUUGUUCAAUGUAGUUUUCAUGACAUUUAAUUUUACAUAACUAUCUUUAUUUUGGUCUUAUCAUAAAGAUAUUUAAGGAUAACAUUACUCUUAUGGGGUGGGUUUGUUUUCGUCCAUUUCAUAUAAGCAAAUCUUGUGGUAUUUACAAAUGCCUUUACUCAUCAAGAGUGUAUCAGUUUGCCUUGCCAGUAGAGUAUUCAUUGAUUAGCAAAGGGAGUUCAUGCCUCAACAAAAGUAAUCCAUCAUGCACCUAUGAUGAAAUUUGUAUACAGGCAGUCCCCAGUUUACUACAGUUCCGGCUUACGACAUUCCGAGGUUACAACACUUUUCAAAUAUAUCCGUCAGAAAUUAUUUCUUGGUGUACAACGAAUGUUCCAGGGUUACAAAACUUAUGAUGCCCAUCUGACGGAAGACAUAUGACUCCAAAAAGGCAAAGUAAUAUAUAUUUGAAGGUUUUCUUAUGAAAAACACAAUCAAAAUGGAGUUUAUUUAGUUUUCAAUACAACCAAAGCAUUAAAAUUAAGGUUUUCUUAGGAUUUUUGACAUUGUUUCGGUUUACGUACAAUGAUUUUCAGCUUACGACACAGCGCAAGAUUGGAACCACCAUCAUAAACAGGGGACUGCCUUUAUUUGAAAACAUUGAUUGUACUAUAGAUAUUAUCUCUUCUUUGACUUAUAUUAUUAUGAUUGAUUGAUAUAAAAGACUGCUGUAAGUUAGGGUGCAUGUCAUGGUAUUUUACAAUUUUUCCGAUCUAUGUGCCAGUUCCUUUUCUUUCAGUACAGGCAGUUCCUCUGGUUUCCAGAAAUGUCCUAGUUACUAUCUUUGGUAACUUGUAUAGGCUUGGCAGUUUAUUAACAACCAUCACAAAACAUUCUUUAAUCAUUCAUUAAACAUUCAUAACUCAUAGACAUUAAUGUACAACAUCCUGCUUUCUUGGAACAAAAGUGCAUCAGUAAAGCAGUAAAUUUUUUAGAUCAACACCUUUUUAGACCUAUAUUUCUUGCUUGAAUCUUUCUCUCACACCAGCACUGUCAGUCCAGAAAAGAUACUUGGUCUUAUUAUAACAACAACAGGAGCCCCAAAAUAUCCCUUUUACAUGGUGAUAUGAUUGAAUUGGACAGUGCUUAGAGAGAAAUCAAUUACCAUUCACAGAUAUUGGCUCCCAUUCAUAACAUUUGAGCACAAUGGUUAUACACUCAAGUUCUUCACUUGAGGUGAAUAAGGAUAAGAGAAUUAAACAAGCCUUGAAAAAGUCACCCCCUUUGCACAUCAAAUCCUAGUUUGCAUUUGUGAAAAGAAAUCUGCAUACUACAUAUCUUUUAACAAAAUGAGAGUACUGAGCAUGGUUUGGGAGGGACCGCCUGUACUGUAGAUAGAUACUUACAGUAAUGGUAACCCUUAGUAUUUAUGCCUUACAUUUUUUCAUAUUAGGCUAUGAAUCAUUGUCAUUCUUCAACAAAUUAAUGUUUGAUUGUGAUAAUAUACUCUAUUUUAUUAUGAAACAUUUAUGUAAUUAUUAUUAUUAAACAUUUAUGUCACUUUUCAAAAAGUAUUUUAAUAUGUUAUGCCUUUUUGCAGUUUAUUAUUUUUAGUUGGGCUUGAAUAGUGAACCUUGGUUACAUUAUUUGUUUAAGAAAUUAAUGUUUUUGUUAAUUCAUGGGUCUAAAUUGGAAAUGACCAAUAUUGCAAAGAUGUCUUUUGACGAUGUUUAGCUGUAACUUACUUAGGGGAUGAAUGCAUAAUAAUUCCUAUAGAAUAAGACAACUUCAUGCUUUACAGUAAAGUACAGUAUAGCCCAAGAAUUUUAAUCUGUUCUUCUGUGAAGAAUUUGUUCCUAAAGGGCCCCUCUUGCUCACAGUGGUUUUAUGUUUUUGAGACUCUAGCUCUACUUGAAGUUGGGGCAAAAUGUAUUAAAUGAAAAUGAACUUAAUGUAAAUAAGAAUAUAUGGUAUACAUAUAGUAUUUAUAUUUAUGGUUGUUUUUGACUAAUUUUGUAAUGAAUGUAUUGUAGACUUCCUUCUCAUUAAGAUGACACCUUUUAUUACCUGGAAAGCACUCUGUGAAGAUAUUCACUUGUUUUCUGCAGCAUGAAAGAGAAAUUGAACAACAUUAGAAAGACAUAUUUAAAGACAUGCAAUAAAUUGCAGUAUUUAUGUUAACUAUGUACAGUUAAUCAUGUAUUGUAAAGGAUACUGAUUGAUUUGUAACAUAUAUGUUGAUAGUGUACUGAAUAUUGGUGGAAAUGUUUACAUUAAGACCUGAUAUUUUCUUUGUAAAUAUAUGUACUGAAUAUUAUUGCAUAACCAGUAAAGGUUGGGAUACAUGAUGUGAAAAAAGAACUGAUUCUACCCAGUGUCAAAGCAGGUCUUUUUACAGUUAUUUAAUUAGAAAUUUAUUUAUUAUAUAAUAUAUAUAUUUUUUAUAUUCUCCAGUUUGUUGAAUCUAUUCAUGGUUAAUACGGUGGGCACUGCUAGAAGGUGUCAAGAGGGAUUGUCCUGGAGUUUUAGAAAGAACAGAAUGCAAUGCAUUGUACUCCUGCAUAUAUAGAAUUUUGCAGAGUAUGUAUAUUCCCAGAUUAUUCCCCUCAUCAUAGUAAUAUCAUUUGUACCAAUUUCAUAAAUAUUUUAAAUUACCAAAACAGGAGUAGCAGCAAGUAAUGCCACUAUACAUGUUAUCUUGAUGAAUUAUUCUAUAUCAGAUAUUUACAGCAUUUCUUGUUUUUAACAAUUUAUAAGCCAAUUUCAAUGGCUAUUAAAUUUGCAGUGUUAUUAAAUAUUAACAAUCAUUGCACACAUUUAAUUAAAAAUAACAAUACAUUUUUGUACAUUAAAAAGACCAAAAUUCUGAACAAAUGGAACAUUUAUAUGUUCCAUGAUUUAUGACACAUUAAAAAUUACAUCUGCAGCCUGUAUUUCUUUGGCCCAUACAUUAUGAGGAUUUUAUUUAGGUACAGGCAGUCACCGGUUUUUGGCAGGGGUUCUGUUCUCGGCAGGGUGCUGAUAAGCAAAAACUGCAAUUAACUGAAACUCAGCAAUUUACAGGGCUUAUAACUGGUUAAUGGCGCUGAUAAUCAGUUAAUGGCACCAUAACUGUAUCAUUGGCGCUAGACAAACGCUAUAAAACUGGAUCGCCAUUAGCUGAGUCCGCCGAUAACUGGGGACUA